AUGCCCCACACGGCCUGCCGCCGUGCUCCCGCUCGUGUGGGCGCUCCAGUGCGCCCGCGGACCAAGAGCUUCCUUAGCUGGCCUAAUGACCUGAUUUUUGGAGAAGAUGACAAGUCCUCUGGCCUGUCUUAUAAAGACAGAGAGGAACGUGUGCGGCAGUUGAGGGAAAAGCAACAGCUGGAGAAGCAGCAGAAACUUGAAGAACUUAAGGAACAGGCGGCAGCAGCGCAGAAAUUCCGGGAGCAGCAGGAAAAUGAACGAAGGCGCCGUUUGGAGGAUAUGAGGCUCCGAGAUGCAGACAGACGUUCACAGGUGGAGGAGCGCAAGCGAAUAAUUCAGCAGGCAGAGCAAGAUCGCCGGGAAGCUGUCUUAAGGAAGACUGCGGAACGUGAACAGCGCUUGGAAUCAAAAAGACGGAAUGAAAAAAGCAACAUAGUAUUUGCCUUUGGUAGUUCCACACCUCGUAUGUUGGAUCCCAAAGAUAGUGCCAGUACAUUCUGGGGAUCUCGUAGGUGA